AAUUCAUAGAAACACCAAGUCAGUGUCGCGCUGCCUGGCACCGGUGUUGGUUGUGUCCACGUGGGUUCGCGCGCAAAAAUUUGUGGCAGAAAACAUGAAUAAAGACGAGGAGCGCAUCAAAAAGUUAUUGGAGGAUGUGUCGACUCCAGAAAGUUCUGACGAUGGCAGUUUUUCUGAUACAUCAGAAAAAACGGAAACAGACCCUUUUGAGGAUAACGACGGGGAAUAUGGCACGGAUGCAGACUAUGUACCAAAUAGUGAUUCGGAUGACUCAGAAGCCUUGGAUGUAGAUGAGGCUAAAUCAGAGAAAGAUCCUAAAGAUUCUAAGGUUCAGCCCAGAUAUGUAAGGGCCAGUGAUAAUAAUCGCAUAGAUACAGUACCAUCUACUUCUAGAUACAGAGCUACCUUAUUUGUUCCACCCUCUCCUUCGAUUUCUGACCAAAACAGUCCAAUACUACCUUUACGCCCUACCGCGAGCACACACAUAUCCAUAGAAAGUGCAUCUGGAAGUCCUGUAAUACCUCUUGGUAGUCCCAUUGCAUUUCAUAAACCUCAAGAUAUCGUCGAACCGUCAGGUACAAUGAGUGUGAGAACGGAAAAUAGUUUUUCUAUGGGAUGUCUAAGCCUAUUAGAAUCAGCAUUUCCAUCAACUUCAGCACAAAGUUCCAGAGCUGCGUCCCCUGUAAUUCCUCUUCACGAAAUAUCGGGCCUUGCAAGUCCGGAAGAUCCUGUAGAUCAAAAUUUGGAAGAACAGGAAUCUGAAGGAAAUCCUGAUCUUCAGUUAUCUCAAAAUGUAGAAGCAGAGACACCCGAAGAAGAAUGGACUUGUACUACUGAACUAAUUCCAGAGUUUGGAUUUGAUAAUAACACUCAAGGAUUGAGAAUAGAUAUUAAUGAAAAUGCUACCCCAUUAGAUAUAUUUAGACGGGUAUUUUCUUUUAAUUACUCGAAUAUUUAGUAGCCAGGACAAAUGCAUAUGGCGAUUUUUAGUCUAAUUCUAAUAAACCCCAUACCAGAAAUAGCCGAAACCAAGCUUUUAGAGUUGUAACAGUAAAUGAGAUGGAGAUGUUCUUGGCUUUGUGUGUGUUGCAAGGUCAAGUAAAAGGACCUAGUAGGAGAUCAUUGUUCUCAUUCUCCGAUCCCUUAUAUUUUCACCCAUUUUUUACAUACAUAAUGUCAGGACGUCGGUUCGAACAAAUAUUACGAUGUCUUAGUUUGUCUGAAGCUAAUGCUAAAGGAGAAAAGAAAGUUUCUGAUUUCAUGAAGGCCAUAUGUGAGAAUUUUCGGCAAAUCUACAGUCCCGGUGUGAAUCUAUCAAUUGAUGAAUCGCUAAUUUUGUUUAAUUUUGUUUCGUGGCCGAUUACAUUUUCGACAAUAUAUUAAGUCAAAAAAAGCUCGUUACGGAAUUAAAUUUUUUGUAUUUACUACUUCUGAUGGAUAUGUUUUAAAUAUAUUAAUGUACAAAGGUAAAAAUGAAGAAAUAGAAUCAGACCCGGCAAUCAAGAAGACAGAAAAAAUUGUAAUGGAAUUGGUACAGCCAUAUCUCCUUGACUAGAGACAAG